GGUCAGAUGCUCUGAUCCGUAGCUGACUGGCUGCUUCUUGUCCUGUGUUUCGUUUCCUCUUGCAGUACAGCGCUUGCUGCGCAGGCUCCGGACCUCUGCUUCCGGCGCCCUUCAGUUUUUCCAUCCGUGUUUCUCUCCGACAAGAUUUGUGCCUUCGCCAGUAAUUCCCCCCAGCAUAGCAUAAGCACUUCCAUCAAUUGCUCGUCUCUUCCUCACAGAUCCAUCAAUUGCUCGUCUCUUCCUCACAGAUCCAUCAAUCCUUCAGUUUUUCAAGCAUAAGCACUUCCAUCAAUUGCUCGUCUCUUCCUCACAGAUCCUUCCAUACUCCAAAAAUCAGAAAAAAAAAAUGAAACAGACUUUUCCUCAUUAUUUGCCUGUUAAUCCAUUUCUUGCCUCUACUCUUCCAUUUACCUUACACCAUCUCUUCCUUCUUUUGUUUUAAUCCCUAAGAAAAAGGAAAAGCUAGAGAACAUGUCUUUUUUGCUUGUUUCCCAUCGUUUCCCUGUUUAGAUCCCUGCAAAUAUCCCAAUUCCCAAUACCUCCUGCUAUUUCAACUCAUUUUGUUCUCUUCCUUCUCAUCUGGAAACGCUUUCGCCCAAGAUCUCUUCACCUGCAAAAGCCGUGGAGACAAGCACUAGUGCAGUUCCAUGGCGGACGUGGCACUGGCCGGCUUGCGGUGGGCGGCUUCGCCUAUUAUCAACAAGCUCCUCGCUGACGCUUCGACCUACCUGGGCGUGGACAUGGCACGGGAGCUCCAAGAACUGGAGACCACUGUCCUGCCACACUUCGACCUGGUGAUCGAAGCCGCCGAGAAGAGCCCCCACAAGGAUAAGCUGAAGGCAUGGCUCCAGCGGCUCAAAGAUGCCUUCUACGAUGCCGAGGACCUGCUGGACAAGCACGAGUACAACCUCCUCAAACGCAAGGCGAAGAGCGGGGAUGAUUCCUCGGUGGGAGAUGAUGAUGCCUCGUCCAUUAAAUCAACAAUUCUGAAGCCUUUUCGUGCUACAGCAAGCAGGGCGCGUAACCUGCUCCCUGAAAACAGAAGGCUAAUUCGCAAGCUGAAUGAGCUGAAGGAUAUCCUGCUGAAAGCCAAGGACUUCCGUGAGCUUCUUGGUUUACCAGCAGGUAAUACUUGUGCAGCUGGCCCAGUUGUAGCAACAGCAGUUGUUCCUCCGACCACAUCACUGCAGCCUCGUAAAGUGUUUGGCCGCGACAUGGAUCGCGAUCGUAUAAUUGAUCUUCUUACCAAGAGGACUGCAGCCGGGGCUAGCUCAACAAACUACUCAGGUGUGGCUAUCGUUGGACAUGGAGGUGCUGGAAAAUCCACCUUGGCACAGUAUGCCUACAAUGAUGGCAGGGUAAAGGAUCACUUUGAUGCCAGGAUGUGGGUUUGCAUCUCACGCAAGCUUGAUGUUCAUCGUCACACACGGGAGUUGAUCGAGUCUGCAACUAAUGGGGAAUGCCCACGUGUAGAGAACAUCGAUACCCUCCAGUGCAAACUCAGGGACACACUGCAAAAGUCAGAGAGAUUCCUGCUCGUCUUGGAUGAUGUCUGGUUUGAAGGAUCCAGCAAUGAGAGGGAAUGGGACCAACUGCUAGAACCUCUGGUUUCUCAGAAGGAGGGAAGCAAAGUUUUGGUAACUUCUCGACGGGAUACAUUUCCAGCCGCUCUUCACUGCGAAAAAGUGGUUCGUUUGGAAGAACUGAAAAAUGCUGAGUUCUUGGCACUCUUCAAACACCAUGCUUUCUGUGGAGCGGAAAUUGGAGAUCAACAGUUGAAAGUGCAGCUAGAAGAGAUUGGAGAAAAGAUAGCGAAACGUCUUGGAAAAUCACCUUUGGCAGCAAAAGUUGUGGGCUCGAACUUGAGCAGAAAAAAGGAUGUCUCCUCAUGGAGAGACGCUUUGGGAAUUGAAAACUUAAGCGAACCCAGGAGGGCUCUUUUGUGGAGUUAUGAGAAAUUAGAUCCAGUUCUUCAAAGGUGCUUUUUAUAUUGCAGCUUAUUUCCAAAAGGCCACAAGUACGAUGUUAAUGAGGUGGUACACUUAUGGGUUGCAGAGGGACUAGUCGAAUCAUGCAACCAUAAUAGGAGCCUUGAAGAUGUUGGACGCGAUUACAUCAAUGAGCUGAUGUCUGGAUCCUUCUUUCAACCAGUUUAUGUAGGGAAGGAGAUAGCUACUUAUGUCUAUACUAUGCAUGAUCUCCUUCAUGAUUUGGCAGAGUCACUCUCUAGAGAAGAUAGUUUCAUACUGGACGAUGACAUGGAAGAAAUACCACUCACAGUUCGGCAUCUGUCUGUUCGUGUUAAGAGUAUGCUACAACAUAAGCAAAGUAUAUGCAAGCUACGUCAUCUACGUACAAUAAUUUGCCUUGACCCACUGGUUGAUGAUAUAAGCGAUCUUUUUCAUGUGUUACUGCGGAAUUUGAAGAAGUUACGUGUACUGCUUCUGCGCUUUUGCAAUAGAAGCAAGUUGCCUGAAUCUGUUUCCGAGUUGAAGCACCUUCGGUUUUUGGACCUCUCAGAAACCUCGAUUUCCGAAUUGCCUGAAUCAUUGUGCACUCUAUUCCACUUACAGUUUAUUUCUUCAGGCACCAAAGUAAAAUAUUUGCCUGGCCAGUUCUGCAAUUUAAGAAAGCUGCGACAUGUAUGGUUUCCGAAUGCAGUAGACGGUACGCUUCCAAUACCAAACAUUGGCAGGUUAACGUCGGUCCAAAGGCUUGGUACGUUUUGCGUGAAAAAGCAGAAGGGAUAUGAGCUGCAUCAGCUCAGGAACAUGAACGAGCUUCAUGGCAGUUUACGUAUUACAAAUCUCGAAGCUGUCACGGGAAAGGAGGAAGCCUUGCGGGCAGCGCUUCAUCAGAAAAAACACCUUAAAGAAUUGCAGCUUGUCUGGAUUGAAGAGAAUGGCUCCCGAGAAGAGAACACGACACAUUUGGAGAUCCUGGAAGGUUUGAUGCCACCGCCUCAGCUGAAUGGACUCGUAAUUGGAGGUUACAAAUCCUCCUCGUAUCCGAGCUGGUUACUUGACGGUUCCUGUUUUGAGAGUUUGAAAUCUUUUGGACUUACCAAAUGCGCCGUGUUAGAAUGCCUACCAGUGAAUACCGGGCUUUUUAGGAAUUGCCGCAAUCUGGGCCUUUGUAAAAUUCCAAAUCUGAAGAUCUUACCUUGUCUCCCAGCAGGCCUUGAAAAAUUAGAAAUUAACCAGUGCCCACUGCUUAUGUUUAUCAGCAAUGAAGAGUUGCAAAAGCAUGGUCAGAGGGAAAACACGAUCAGGGCAGACCACUUGGCAUCACAACUCGCUUUGCUCUGGGAGGUGGAUUCAGGAUCUACCAUUAGGAGAGUGCUGUCACACGAGCAUUCAUCUAUGAAGCAGCAGAUGAUGGCGUUGAUGGAUGAUGAUGUAUCAGAAUAUCUCCAAACCAUCAAAAGCGCUGCAGAAGAGGGCAUGUUGCCAUGGAUAUUGACGAAAGAAAAUAUCAUCAAUGCGUGGAUAUGUUGCCAUGAGCAAAGGAUAGGACUCAUCUAUGGACAGCGUGUCGGGCUCCCGCUGGUUCCACCGUCAAGACUUACUAAACUUGAUCUUUCUUCAUGCAGUAUUACGGAUGGAGCUUUGGCCAGUUGCCUUGGUGGACUCACUUCACUGCGCGAUUUGUCACUGGGACGGAUUAUGAAUUUAACCGCACUCCCUUCAGAAAAGAUCUUUCAACAUUUGAACGCCCUUGAAUCCGUGUCCAUUACUGAUUGCUGGUGCCUCAGAUCAUUAGGCGGCUUACGAGCUGCUGCCUCUGUUUCAGAUCUUUAUCUCAGUUCCUGCCCUUCUUUAGAGCUGGCACGUGGAGCAGAAUAUAUGCCUUUGUCCCUUACAGAGCUCCGCAUAGACCUCUGCAUUCUUGCUGCUGAUUCAUUGAGUGCUAGCUUGCCACACCUGAGAUAUCUUCAAAUUCAUGACAGCAGGAGCUCUGCGUCCUUAUCAAUUGGUCAUCUAACGUCCCUUGAAUCACUAUCAAUUCGUGGUAUCCAGGACCUGUGUUUCCUGGAAGGUCUGUCUUCCCUGCAACUUCUCCGGGUUUAUUUGAGAGAUGUCCCGAAGCUCACUGCUGAGUGCGUUUCGCAGUUUCGUGUCCAAAGGGCUCUCACUAUUGGCAGCUCUGUAUUGCUCAGCCAUAUGCUCUCGUCCGAAAGUUUUACAGUCCCGGCGGAUCUCAGUCUACAAUACUGGAAGGACCAAUCCUUUGAUUUUGAAGAAUCUGCGAAGUUCUCGUCUGUCGAGGAGCUAUCGUUGGAUGCAUGCGACAUGAAAUCCCUGCCAAGAAAUCUGAAUUGCCUGUCGAGUUUGAAGAGACUGAACAUCUGGUUGUGCCCCGACAUAUCAUCGUUACCAGAUCUGCCAUGCUCCCUCCAGCACAUAGGGAUAUCCGGUUGUAAGCUCUUGAUGGAGAGCUGCCGAGCACCUGAUGGAGAAAGCUGGCCAAAGAUUGCCCAUAUCCGCUGGAAGGAUAUACGGUUGUAACUGCUAUCUCUCGUGUGCUCUUUGCAGUGGUGUACUUCUGAAGUCUUAAGCUCUAUACAGUUAUCGGAAAAUAUGUACCUUGUUGGCUUGUUCAAUGAUAUAUUCAUACCGUGUAUGACUAGGCAAGAGUCCCCCCUAUAUAUAUGUACCAGUGUGUCUUGCAAGGGUUAGAGAUUAUUCUACCCAAUUAUACAAUCUUUCAUACCUGAAUUUUGAAAUUUCUUUUGGAUAAAAAAUCUGGAGGCCUUGAUCCUUUAA